AUGUCUUCAAAUUUGUUGGAAGAUACAGUCACCGAAAGGUACCUCUCAAACUUUGCCAACUUACGAGUCCUAGAUUUAUCCUUUAACUCCUUGACCUUCAACUUGAGCUCAGAUUGGAUUCCUCCUUUCCAAUUGGAAGCAGUACAGCUCAGCCAUUGCUAUUUGGGGCCUCGUUUUCCAAAUUGGAUUCAAACUCAGAAUUCUCUUGAACUUCUUGACAUCUCUUUCGCUGGUAUAUCAGAUGCAGUACCUCAUUGGUUGUGGAAUAUGUCUUCUUUAACAAACUUAGUUCUUUCACAUAACGAUAUUAGUGGUACAAUUCCUAAUUUGCCGUCAGGGUUGAUUCCUCGCGAAUUGAUUGAUUUAAGUUCUAAUAAGUUUUCAGGUCCAAUUCCAUUAUUUCUUUUUCAUUCUAGAAAUCUAAAACUUUCCAAAAAUAUGUUUAUCGGAUCCAUUUUUCACUUGUGCACAAUUCCUAAGGGCUUCAUCAUUGAGGUGCUUGAUCUCUCGGAUAACCAAUUGGAAGGAGAGCUUCCUAGUUGCUGGAUGAACAUAAGUGGAUUAGCUGUUUUGGAUUUGGCAAAUAACAAGUUCUCAGGUGAAAUUUCCCUCACUUUGGGCAGUUUGGAUCAGCUCAAGAUAUUACACUUGCGCAACAAUAAUUUCAUUGGUGAAUUGCCUUCGACUUUGGGGAAUUGCUCGAGGCUAAUAACGCUUGAUGUGGGAGGAAACAAGUUAACAGGUAAUAUUCCAGCAUGGAUAGGAACAAACUUAACAAAUCUGACAGUUCUUAGCCUUCGAUUUAAUGAAUUUGAUGGAAUCAUGCCUUCAACAAUUUGCCACCUUACCAAUAUCCAUGUCUUGGACCUUUCUGGAAACAAUAUUUCAGGAAGAAUAUCAAGAUGUUUAAACAAUUUUACGGCUUUGGUUGAGAAGAAUGGUUUAAUUGAAGAUGCUGGACAUUUGGAAUAUGGCCUUUUUGACAGUCUUUUUGAAUUGUAUGUUAACAAUGCUAUUGUUCAGUGGAAAGGACAAGAUUCAGAAUACAAGACGCUAGGACUCUUGAAAGGAAUUGAUCUUUCUGGAAAUAAGUUAGUUGGAACCAUUCCUCAAGAGAUUUCUGAUUUAAGAGGUUUAGUUUUCUUGAACUUAUCAAGAAAUCAUUUGACGGGCAAUAUCAUUUCAAAUAUUGAUCAAAUGGAGACGUUGGAAUGCCUUGACUUGUCUAGAAACCAGCUUUCAGGAGAGAUACCGAGCAGCCUUGCACAUCUAAAUUUUCUCAGCGUUUUGAACUUAUCAUACAACAAUUUGACGGGAAAGAUCCCUUUAGGCACUCAACUACAAAGCUUCAACUCCUAUGCAUAUAUUGGGAAUACCCAACUCUGUGGGAAGCCUCUGGUAGAGUGUCCUCGAGAUAUUUCUAACGGUUCUACUACUGAUCAUAGAGAGGGGAAUAUUUUUGAAGAAAAUGAUGGGAUUCAUGACAACAACUGUGGAGUGAAGAGCCCCUUUUGGAAACAAGAAAGUGUCGACUAUCAUUCGAACAAUUUGUUGGCUUGA